GGCGUACUGAUUACUUAGUGCGAGGUCGCGACAACUUCGUGGAUAGUCGUAUCGCGGGAUCAGACCGAGUCGCAAGCGGGCCCCUUCAAAGAAGACAGGGAAGAAAGGCUGCCAACGGAGCAAUUAAAAUUGCUAAUUACGACGUCACCCAAAGGGGCUCCUUUCUCCAUCUCGCCUAGCCAGAUGUCUACAGGUCCUAAUCUAACCCCGGGUCAGCCAGACCGUCGAGAUAGCUCUCAGUCAACCGACGACGCAUAUGAGAGCGAAUUGGAUGACCAGGAACGCCGACAACCUUCCUCAAAGUCGCCGUCCGACCUCCUCUCUGACGUAUAUCGAGGCAUCAAGAAGGCUAUCCCAACUCGAGAAGAGUCGCUCAGAUUCGCAAGAGCACCCUCGAGACUGGCAUUCAAAACAUUCACCACUCAAUCGGGAGCUACAGAGGCCAACCCCGCUCAGAAGCCCUUGCCUCCACAGCAUGCAAGGAAUCUGAGUCUACAAAACAGCCUCGAGAAACCACUCCCGGCACCACCGCCACCUUCUCUCUCACCGUCUUGCCCUGCAACCCCUCCAGGUCCAUCCAGUGAACCGCAGAAUAAUCUAAGCGCCGUAGUCAAUAGUGACAUUGCCCACGAAGCACCUACGACCGGCCGGACGAGCAUGAUGGAUUCCAAUACUUCAAUACCCCCCAAUCAGAUGUACAGCGGCGGACUGGAUGCGAGCAGCAGCCAGAGUACCGUGGCUAGUUCCUCGCGAACUGAUGCCGGGGACGGCCUGAAAGAUAAUCUUACCCCCCGGAGUAAUGGGCAACUGUCAGCUGGCACGUCCCCGCAGGUUGCUCCAACGAGCAGGACUCCGGCCGUCGGCACCGCGGUCGGUACCCCCGCUACCUCGGGAUCUUCAGCCCACCUCUCUGGGUUGAUGUGUAAUGUUCACCGGACUACCGGUCAGGAGCCGCACCCUUUAGUAGGCGCGACAACCACAAUACUAGGGGACAAACUGUACGUCUUCGGCGGACGGAUUCUGUCGAGAAGUCGACCAGCACCCCUUACUUCAGAUCUCUACGAGCUAGAUCUCAUCCGGAGACACUGGAGCAAACUUGACACUACUGGGGAUGUCCCACCGCCUCGCUACUUUCAUUCCAUGUGUGCCCUAGGCGAUACGAAGAUGGUCUGUUACGGGGGCAUGUCGCCUACCACCUCUCAGCCCGCUUCUGCCUCCCCCGACCAGCAGCCCGAAGUAACGGUUAUGUCCGAUAUAUAUAUUUACGAUGUGCCAAGUAAGAAGUGGACCUACGUCCCUUCGCAAGAUGCGCCCCAGGGUCGGUACGCUCACUGCGCGUGUAUCUUGCCCUCGCCUGCGACCUUUACAUCCACCAAGGCACCUUUAUCCGCCCUUCAACACAAUCCAUCUGGCGGGAACCCGAACGAAGGCAGGAUCGGUAUUAACAUCGAUGGAGCUGGGGGCGCCGAGAUGGUGGUCGUCGGAGGCCAGGAUGGAGCGAACCACUACAUCGAGCAGAUCAGCGUCUUCAACCUACGCAGCCUCAAGUGGACCUCAACGCAACCAUUGGGAAAAUCGUGCGGUGCGUAUCGCAGUGUAGUUGCUCCUCUGCCACCAAGCGUCACCGCCAAGAUUGGCAGGGUAAACAACGGUGGUUUGCGUCAGGAAAGCACGAUCGGCCAGGAGGGCAAAGAACCGGGAUCAUCAAUGCUGAUCUACUCGAAUUAUAACUUCCUGGAUGUGAAGCUUGAGCUUCAGAUCCGUUCAUCCGACGGCUCGCUCGCCGAAAAGGCGAUGUCGGGUAGUUAUUCUCCCCCCGGACUACGGUUUCCAAACGGCGGCAUCAUCGAUACUUAUUUCGUCGUUAGUGGGACGUAUCUCACCAGUUCGAAGCAGGAGUACGCUCUUUGGGCAUUGGACAUGAGGAAUUUGACUUGGGUGCGGAUCGAUACGGGCGGUAGCGUUUUCAGCCAGGGGAGUUGGAAUAGGGGUGUCCUAUGGAAUAGGCGAAACAUUUUUGUCAUCCUGGGCAAUCGCAAGCGGAGCCUAGUAGAUGACUACAAUCACCGCCGAAUCAAUUUCUCAAAUGUCUGCAUGGUCGAGCUGGAGGCCUUCGGCUUCUACGAUAACCCUCGCAGGACGUCGCCGAUGUCAGGCUUUAUAUCCUCGAGCAGUCCUUUCACCGCUCCUGGUCUCAGCAUGGCUAGGAAGGCUGGCUGGACCGGGGGGGGCAGAGCCCACAGCCGUGCUGCUGAAGAGCUGGGUGAGAGGGCCUUGGCACUACGUGAGCUGGCGGACAUGGAUAUAUUAUGCUUCCAUGGGGAGCGGAUUCCGGUCAAUUCUCGAAUUGUUGCACGUCGCUGGGGUCCUUACUUCGUCCAACUAUUACGUGAGGGCGCGGCUACACAGGACGGCAGUGAUUCGGUCACCUUGAGAACCGGCGUCUCGGGGCAGGCAGGAGCACGCAUAUCGACCAUUACCAUCACGCAGUCCAACAGGAAUACAGCAGACAGUGGGUUAUCCGUUGCGAGCACGCUCAACUCAUCGUCCACCGGGUCCCUCAAGCAACCUAGCACCGCCGGCACGUCAAUGUCCGGUGGUAGUGGCCUAACAGACCUCAGUACUAUUAAUUCCGCGCCGACGCCCGCAUCCCUGCCGCCGAAUUCUCGACCGAGAUGUCUCUACCUUCCUCACACAUGUCCCACCGUCCAGGCCCUCCUACACUUUCUCUAUACAUCAGCAUUGCCACCCCCAUCGUCGCCGCUUUGCACGCCGCAAAUUCUGUGUUCACUAUUACAGAUCGCUCGGCCAUACAAGAUUGACGGGCUACUGGAAGCUGUCGUUGAACGUCUUCAUGCGCGCCUCGAUUCGCGUAACGCCGCCGCCGUGUUUAAUGCUACGGCAAUGGCAGCAGGAGGAGGUCGUGGAAUUGACGGGAGUAUGAACCCAAAUACCCUCAUAGCCGCCGACUCAUCCAUUUCUGGGACCAUAACCAGUGGCCCCUUCGGCGACCGGCUACGGUCCUUGUCACAGUCCAGUGUUGAGGAAUCGGCGAGCGGGCUAGACGGCCUCCGGAUCAAUACUAGCGUAUCAGGAGCUCGGUCGGAGCCGGAGGAACUCAGCGCCACGACGAGCGCGUCAGGAAGCGAGUGGAGUAGCGAACUCGGUGACAGUGAAAGGGGUGGUGUGAGAGAAAUUUGGAGUGGAGAACUCAGCAGCGUCAUUGGAUUGCAAAAGCGAGGGUUAAGAGGGCUCAUGGAGGGACGGCGAAUGAGAGCAACGGUUGACCGCGAACGGGACGGGGGCAGAAGCGAGAGAGUGGGGCCAAGAGUUGGCUUAGGAAUCGGGGCAUCUUGACCCGAUUAUCUCGAAGACACAGGGUUACAGAAGAUGUAAAAUAUUUUCUUACAUUUAUAUUAACUACCCUAAGAGUAUGAUGAUUAAGUAGAUAGUAAGCUUUAUAGCUUUUUAUGUAUAAUAAGUUUAUGCAAUGAUAGAAACUAUUUAUUAAAUAAAUUGAAAAGUUA